CUCGGCGGGGGUGGUGAGAGGCGGCGCGGGGCAGUGACGCAAUGCCUCCGUAGUGGCGGGUGUGUUGUCGCUGCAUCUCUGUAGCGUCUGGCUUCGGUUUUCACGGUUACGGCGGCGCAAGGCAUUGUCCCAGUCGCUGACAUGCAGCUGUUUGUCCGCGCCCGGGAGCUGCACACUCUUGAAGUGACCGGCCUGGAGACAGUUGUCCAGAUCAAGGCCCAUGCAGCCUCCCUGGAGGGCCUCAACGCUGAAGGUAAGGUCGUGUUUCUGGCAGGUUCUCCUCUGCAGGAUGAAGUCGCCCUGGGUCAGUGUGGGGUAGAAGCUCUGAUGACCCUGGAAGGGGUUGGCCGCGUGCUAAGAGUGGGAAGACAGAAGACAGAGAGAGCAUAGCACAUUUCAAGAAAAGUGGGAGCAAGUAUAUUUCUUUAUGGAAAUAAAAAAUAGUCCUGUGUGUUUAAGAUCUCAAACUUUAUGUGUCAAGAUAAUACAACUUAAGACAUCAUUACCCCACAAACCAUAGAAUUUUGACUGGUAUACAGCAAAAGAUGUGUGGUGAAAAACUUAAUGAACUAAACAAAGGACUAAACUUUCUACAGCAUUUAUCACUGAAUGCAAAUAACUGAUGCUGCUAUGAAAUGCAUUUAUACAGUAAGUGAAAAAAUUGCCCAGGCAUCCAAACCUUUCACAGAUGGUGAGAUUAUACAAGAUUGUCUGUUGAGCGCAGCAGAAAUCAUAUGUCCUGAACAGAAACCAGCAUUUGCAAACAUAAGUCUAACCGUAAACACUAUUGUUCAGUGGGUACAAGAUAUGGCUGAGAACUUACAAGUUGCAAGAAAAAGUGAAAUCAAUUGUGACAUUUUCUAUUGCAGCUGAUGAGUACAUAUAUAUAAAGAAUACAAGCCAGUUAAUUAUAUUUAUCCCUGGUGUUGAUGAGAAUUUUGACAUCACUGAAGAACUUUUCAAUAUAAUACCCAUGCCUAUCCAACAUUGGAAAAUGACUUGUUUUUGUAUGUUGGGAAAAGUCUUGAAAAGUUUGAUGCUGACUGGUCAAAAUUAGUAAGUGUGACCACAGAUGGUGCUGCUGCAAUGGUCUGAUAACACAGGACCACUUGUUGCAACACUUAAAUCCAAGGUCAAAAUGCUUUUCAAGGAUGUAGAACUUAAAUCCAUUCACUGAAUUAUUCACCAGGAAUUGUUUUGUACUAAAAAGUUAGAACUAGAACAUGUCAUGGUUGGAGUGAUUAAGACAGUGAACUGGAUAUGCUCCCAUGGCUCCAGCCACAGGCAGGUCAGUGCCUUGCUUGAGGAACUGAAUGCACAAUAUGGUGAUCCCCUUUACUAGACAAAGGUAAGGCAGCUUAGUCAGGGCACGGUACUGAAGAGAUUUUUUGAAUUGAUAAAAGAGAGAGACUUACUCAUGUCAUCCAAGGGCAGAUCCCUUCCCCAAGUCACCAGGGAAGAUUGGAUCAGAGACCUGGCCUUUUUGGUAGACAUUACAAACCAUCUAAACACUUUGAAUAUUUCUCUGCAAAGACGUUCGCAAGUCAUAACACAAUGUAUGAUUCAGCUUGCUCUUUCCUAGCAAAACUGAAUCUUUGGGAAACUCAUUUGGCAGUAAAUAAUCUGGCUCACUUUCCUACACUGAAAUCAGUUUUCAGAAAUGAAACUGAUGGCUUAAUAUACAUCCCCAAAACUGUGGAGUUGAAGAUUGGAUUCCAAAAAAGGUUCUUUGAUUUCAAACAUUAUAAAAAUGAACUUAGGUUAUUUUGCUCAUCUUUCGCAAUUAACAUUGGUAGUGUUAAUGAAGAAUUACAAAUGUGAGUUAUUGAACUGCAGUGUAAGACAGUACUGAAAACAAAAUAUGACACUGGAAUGGAAUUCUACGAAUCCCUCAGCAAGAGUUACCCCAGAUGUAGAAACCAUUGUGCAAAGAUUCUGUCCAUGUUUGGAAGCACCAAUGUCUGUGAACAACUCUUUUCUGUUAAGAAAUUGAGUAAAACUAAAUUUUGAUCCCAGUUAAAGGAUACAAGAUUGAAUUCAGUUCUACACAUUGCAACUGGAAAUAUGUGGCCAGACAUUGACAUCUUGGUGCAGAAAAAAAAAGAUGUCUGGUUUCUGGUUCCAAGUCAAAGCAAUAACAGGUUAUGAAAGAAAAAUUUAAUAAUUAAAGAUUUCUAUUUUUUAA